AUAAUCAAAUCAAAAUUAAAAUUUAUCCUAAUCAAAUUCAAACAACUUACUAAUGCCAUGAAUCAUUUGCAGCCGUGGACCCUAGCCUCAUCGGUUGGUCUAUCCAAGCCGAGAGUAAGACCCAUCUUUAAUUUCUUUAAAUAUUUCAAUCAAUUUCUUAGUUUUUUUAAUAAUAAAAAUAUUUCCACAGAGGUAUUCAUUUCGAGUCUUAUUGUCUCCUCCCAUGUUCUGAGUUUCCAAAUUUCUUGAUUUGAGAUCGGAGUUUGACUUGUGUUUGCCUUUGCUCCUAUAUUUUCGACUGCUACUAAGUUCGUGAUUUCAGAACUCCAUCAACGAGAAUUGAUCUUGCCAUAUCACAAGGAUGACAACUACAGCUUGUUUUAUCAUUGUGAGCCGAAAUGACAUCCCAAUAUAUGAAGCUGAAGUGGGGUCUUCUGCUAAAAGAGAAGAUGCUGCUCAGCUGCAUCAAUUCGUAUUACAUGCAGCUCUGGAUGUUGUUCAGGACCUUGCAUGGACCACUAGUGUGAUGUUCUUGAAAGCAAUUGAUAGGUUCAAUGAUUUGGUGGUAUCAGUUUAUGUAACAGCUGGUCAUACACGAUUUAUGCUACUUCAUGACUCUCGUAAUGAUGAUGGAAUCAAGAGCUUUUUCCAAGAGGUUCAUGAGCUUUAUAUAAAGAUCCUUCUUAAUCCACUCUACCUGCCUGGUUCCCGCAUUACAUCGUCGCAUUUCGAUACAAAAGUUCGUGCGAUUGCAAGAAAAUAUCUGUAGGCGGUCAUUUGUUCCAUUGAAGAACUUGAGAUGUUACACGAUUGAGCUUUACAUGAUUAUACACCCUUUAACCUCUCUCUCAUGGCAAAUUUGAUCAUAUAUGGUGAAGAGCAAAGCUCUUUCUGAUUUCAGUUUGUGUUUACAUUGAUUAGUUUUAACACAUGAUAACAUCUUUGAUAGCAUUUAGCAAUCCAGAGGCAUCGAUCCGUUUUUCUCAGGGCUUGAUCAGCUUAGAAGGUCAACAUUUCUCUGCUCUGAUGUGAGAGAAACCUUUCAUGAAAUUCAUGCAAUUCCUAUGCAUUGACAUGAUCAAUUACAGCACUAAGGAUAAUAAUUCGGUUCAAUUUUUCGAAUAUUGCAUG